UUAAUUAAAAAUAAUGAAAAUAUUUAUAAUUUAAUUCAAGACGAUGUGAGUAUCUACGAUUUAACUCAAGACGAUGCAAGUACCUACGAUUUAACUCAAGAUAAUGAAAUUAUCUAUGAUUUAACUCAAGACAAUAAAAAUGUCUACGAUCUAAGUCAAGAUAAUGAAAAUGUUUAUGAAUCAACUCAAGACAGUGAUUUAAUUCAUAACAUUAAUUCAGCUACAGGUGAAAAUCAGUUUCAGUUAGCUAUAAGUGAAUGCGAGUUUAAUGAAAACGAUAGAGAGGAUAUGUAUUAUGAAAAUGAAAUGGUCGAAUAUGAAAAUAUUUGGGACUAG